UCCAGAAUUCAUCAGGUCAGCGGAAAAACUUCGUUCCGGUCUCACCGAAACGAGUUGUCUUUUUCCUCUGACCCCAUCCUCAUCUUUUCUUCCGCUGCAUUUCAAACUGAUCAUGUCGUCGGAGGAAAGCUCGGAAAAUAUGCAAAAAUCCACACAUUGGGCCGUCGUGCCCGGUACUUCAGGUAUAAAUCUUGAAGAUAAGGUGGAAAAGGGCGGCAUCUGCCCGGUUUAUUCUGCAAAAAGUGCUCUAACUGAGUACAAAAUCCCGAAAACUAAAACGCGGGAGGACAAGCCUGCAAAAAAUGCAAAUCAUGGCGGGCGUGAUGCUGAUGAUGUACGUAAUGUACACAGCGCACAGGACACUGAUUCGUCCGGAGAGGUCCGUGGGUUCAGUGAUGAACUCAGCGGUCUAACGGACGGGGAAUGUGAUGAUUCAAUGUUUCGGGGCCUAGAUGACCCAUCAGAUGGCCAUGAGGCCAUGGAUACAGCUGGUUAUGUCAGCCAGACUCUGGACCAAGUGCACAUGCCUAGUAGGUCAAGGUCAGAUUCCUACUCUGGGAGUGAGGACAGGUCACCACCAUCAUCAUCUUCAGAUGAUCAUGGUGAUUCCUCAGAGUCCAGCUCUGACCAUGAUGCUAGGUCUAGACCCAAAAAGAGAAGGCGGCAUAGCCACCGCCAUCAUCGUGGCAGUCGCGACCGUGCGAGAUCAAGGUCCGGGUCAAGGUCCAAGUCUCGACGCAAACGGUUGGACAAAAAGGGGAGUUUUAAGCGCUUCGACCCUUGUGAGGACACUAAGAAAACUGAAUGGUCUCUAUCAGAAGACCAAGAAUCAUUCUUGGAAACCCACUUCACGACCUUACACAAAGACGAGGUACUCAAGGAAAAUGUACUCAAAACCACACCUGUCCCCACGAACCAGAUCCUGAAGGUUCCAAAACUGGAAGAACAGAUGCUUGAACUGCUGCCCUUCAAAAUAAGGGAUUCUGUACAGCACGCUGAUGCUUCCCUGGCCAAAGUCAUGCUACGUGUCACCCAAGUGAUGGGACCACUUGGCAAGGCUUGGCGUAGGAUCGAAAAGGCUCGGAAGCACCCAGACAAACCAAUGGGGGUCAAUGAGCUAAUGGAGCUCCUAGAGAAAGGUUUUCUUUUGCUUCGGCAGGCAUUCGUCUGGGGGAACUACGUGCGUCGCACGCAGUUCUUGACCAGAUUUUUGACAAGCCACAAAAGGGCAGCCCACAUCGUCAAAGAAAAUGGGGAGCUGUUGUCUAAAAACCGAUCAAAAUUAUUUGGGAAGAAAUUCUUUGAGAAACUUCACACAAAGGCCAAGGGCACCAAAAAAGCCAAAGAAAUUCGCCUGGGUUUGAAUAGUGUUAGUGGGUUCAAACGGGGAAGAAGUAACAACAGGCCCUUUCAGAACGGACCCUCGUCCUCACGUACAGAUGGCGGGGAUCAGAGGAACACCGAUUACCAGUACAAGGCCAGAGGCACCGCUACAUCAUCAGGCAAUGCCAGAAGAGGUCGUGGCAGAGGAACCAAGACAAGAGGCCAAAAAAGGUACGUCACAAUCAAAGUCAGUAGCCUCAUUGGCGCCAAGCCAGCCACCACUUUCAGGGCAAUUCGAUAA